CACACCACUCACCACUCACCACUCUCCACUCUCCACUCUCCACUCUCCACUCUCCCUCUCCACUCACCACUCACCACUCUCCACUCGCCAUUCUCCACUCUCUACUCUCCACUCUAUACUCUCCACUCUCCACUCUUCCCUCCGCACUCUCCCCUUUGCACUCUCCACUCUCCGCUCGCCACUCGCCACUCUCCACUCUCCACUCACAACUCACAACUCACCAACUAG